AAUCAUUGAAUCCGUUUAGUUAGUGGGAUGGCAGCAAGCAAGAAGUGUUGUGUGGCACUUGUAUGCGGAGUGUUGCUGCCCUUGGCCAUGGCCAUCAUUGGGAUUCCCGCCAUAAGACUCAAGUACAGGAUCCAACGCGAAGCCCAGGUGUACGUAUACAACAGAAAUUAUAGCGCAGCUGCCCAGCUGGAGGACGCCAACAGACUGAUGGUGGAGGUCGAGGAGAGUCCAGUCGAGUACCCCUUGGAAGAUUUGCAGAUGGAGCUCCUGAAGAUAUGCGACAAGUUCGCACGCGAUCCAUGUAAGUUUUGGCAACUGGAGACAUGUCCACCCAGGGAUCCCCUCUGCUACAUCAAGCCGCCGGAGAAUAUGUGUCGGCCCUGGUUGCCGGGAUGCAAUACUCCGAUUCCGCCGGAGAACUGCUGGCUCACGGCGGCGUCCGAAUGCCCCGAAGUAACCCCUACAAAGGUUGCCUUAUUCCUGAAAUUUUGAAAAUUUUCAACGAGCAAGAAAGGCAACACGAGAAGGACUCCUUAAAUUUCACGCCCCGGAAUUUGAAAACAUUUUAGAAGCAAUUGUCUCUGCAUGUGAAGCAUUGGAAAUAAAUUAUAAUACAGUUUAAGAUACAUAUAGUCUAUAAAGAUAUAGCUCAAAAA